UUGCAUCUUUUGCUUAACCGGCUGCUUUCAGAGCUACCGAGUUAGAUUGGACGUACAAAGAUCAUCAAGAUGGUCCCUGCAGUUACACUCUACAAUGGAGCCAAGAUGCCCUUAGUUGGUCUGGGAACCUGGAGGGCCGAACCGGGGAAGGUCACCGAGGCUGUGAAGGUGGCUAUAAGCAGCGGCUACAGGCACAUAGAUGCUGCCUUCGUGUACGAGAACGAAAGAGAAGUUGGGGAAGGAGUGCGCGCCAUGAUCGAACAAGGAGUGACAAAAAGGGAGGAUUUAUUCAUCGUCAGUAAGCUAUGGUGCACCUUCCAUGUUCCGUCGCUGGUAAGGGGAGCAUGUGAGAAAACUCUCAAAGACCUGAGACUGGACUAUGUGGACCUUUACCUUUUACACUUCCCAGUAGGAGUACAGCCAGGGGAAAAGAUUUUUCCAUCAGACGAGAACAACGAAAUCAUUUGUGAUGACAGCUACUUCCUGGACACAUGGGGGGCAAUGGAGAAGCUGGUGGAUGAUGGUUUGGUCAAAGCCAUAGGUGUUUCAAACUUCAACAAAGACCAGAUUGAAGCCAUUCUCAACAAGCCCGGCCUCAAAUACAAACCAGCCAACAAUCAGAUUGAGUGCCACCCAUAUCUAACCCAAGAGAAAAUGAUCAACUAUUGCCACUCAAAGGGCAUCACAGUUACAGCUUUCAGCCCCCUGGGAUCUCCAGACAGACCCUGGGCUUCCUCUGAUGACCCCCGUCUUCUAGAGGAUGCUACCAUCUUGGCCAUUGCUAAGAAGCACAACAAAUCUCCAGCACAGGUUCUCAUGCGUUUCCACACACAGAGGAAUGUGGCCGUCAUCGCCAAGUCAGCAACACCAAGUCGGAUCAAGGAGAACUUCCAGUUGUUUGACUUUGAGUUGAGCCAAGACGACAUGAAAACGAUCCUGGGCUUGAACAGGAACUACAGAGGAUUCCCAGCAAAGUGGGCCAUAAAGCAUAAAGACUACCCCUUCAAUACAGAGUACUAGCCGAUGCAGCACUGUUUCUGCUUGAUUCUUCUUUGUGGGGAAAAAAAAAAAAAGAUGAACAUAUUGUGUAAUUAAAUUACUGCCUAAUUAUUGUCUAUGGAACCUGCAGGAAAUGUCACCAAAAAAUUGUUUAUGAAUCUUUAGUUAGACAUUAAAAGGGAAGAAAAUGGUUUAAAUAAAGGCUGAUUUGUAAUAUGACUAAAUCUAGAAGAAGCAAGAGUAUCGUGACAAUAUUAUCUCCAAUCAAAUGAAAAAUCAUUAAACAGUUUAUGUUGAUCUGCCACAGUAAUGAACAUCUAGUCAACAGUUAGUUUGCCAUAAUGUUCUUAUGGACAACUGUAUUUGAUGCACUGGUAUUGUGUAACAUCUACUGAAUUUGUUGAAUUAAAGACUUGCUGUUCAAAAUGCCA